AUGCCGAGAUCCACAUCGUAUGAUGAAAAGUUAGCAAAAAGUCGAGUAAAAACGCAGAAAUCUAAAUCAUUGAGCAUUGAGCAUUCCGCAAAUGGCUCAUCAAAGGGUCGUGGCGGAGCUGGUAAAUGUACGCGUAGUCGAGCUCGAUCAAAGGCGUCACGAGAUUCCCUCAAAACAAACAAAAAACUCGAUCCUGCAGCGUUGAAAAAGAAGGAAGAAGAAUUUGCAAAGGUUGAUAAUUUCGAUGUGCCCAAGGCUGGUAAUGCAUUACAAAUGAACGAAUGGUAUCACGGACUAAUGCCUCGAGAAGAAAUUGAAGAGAUGUUACAUGCUGAUGGUGACUUCAUCGUUAGACGUACUGAGGUUGGUGGCAAAACGCGGUUAGUGGUAUCGGUGAUGAAUAAGAAAAGAAUACGUCACAUACUUUUAAUGCUUUCUGAUGGGCAAUGGAGUCUUCGAAAUUUAAAAAUGCGUUCAAUCACAUCACUCAUUCUAGAACACGUUAAACAGAAGAUACCUGUACAAGCGGACGGUACUCUCUUGCAAAAACCUGUUUCACGGCCAGAGUACUAUAUUCUACAUGAUCACGUUCAAGUGAAAGAUCAGAUUGGCGCUGGUGCAUUCGGUGAUGUUUAUAUUGGUGUUUUAACAAAAAACGACGGUACAAAGGUUGAUGUUGCAAUUAAACAACUCAAAGGUCUUAUGACAAAACGACAACGAUCCAUUUUCAUGAAGAUUCUAUCGAAAGAAACACCAAUGGCGCUGCCGGAGGGAACGCCAGAAACCGUAGUUAAAGUUAUGGGUUUAUGCUUUACCCAGGAACCUACCGACCGACCAAAUUUCGUGGACAUACUGAAAAUCUUAUCACCGAAUGAGAAGCCUCCAGAGGGUGAACAUCAUGUUGAACAUCUGUUUAAUGAUCCAUAUCAAUAA